AGAAUGCAGGUGGAGAACAGCGCUGUGAAGACACAGUUCUUUCUCUUGGGAUUCAGUGACCACCCAGAACUGCAGAGUGCUCUUUUUGCUGUAUUUCUGUCUGUCUACUCUGUUACCCUGAUGGGCAACCUUAGGAUGAUUUUAUUAAUCACAAUCAGUCCUCACUUGCACACCUCUAUGUACUUUUUUCUCCACAUUUUGUCUUUCAUAGAUGCCUGCUACUCUUCAGUCAUUGCCCCCAAGUUACUUGUGGACUUAAUUUCUGAUAAGAAGACCAUUUCUUACAAUGGCUGUGCUGCACAGUUAUAUUUCUUCUGCUGUUUGGUGGACACAGAGCCUUUUCUCUUGACUGUCAUGGCUUAUGACCGGUACAUAGCUAUCUGCAACCCUCUGCUUUACACUGUUAUUAUGUCCAAGAGGAUUUGCUGCCAGCUUGUAAUUGGAGCGUUUUUAGGGGGCACCAUGAGCUCAGUGAUUCACACCACUAAUACCUUUCACCUGACUUUCUGCUCCAGUGAAAUUAACCAUUACUUUUGUGACAUCUCCCCUCUCUUCUCUCUGUCCUGCACUGACACCUACAUCCAUGACAUUGUACUGGUGGUCUUUGCUAGUUUAGUGGAAGCCGUCUGCCUUCUCACAGUUCUUUUCUCUUAUAUCCUCAUCAUAGCACCCAUUCUUAAAACAGAAUCUGCUGACGGAAGAAGAAAAGGAUUCUCCACUUGUGCGUCCCAUCUGAUUGUGGUCUCUAUCAACGAUGGUACCCUGAUCUUCAUUUAUUUGCAUCCCAGUGCUUGCCAUUCACUGGAUAUUGAUAAAGUGGCCUCUGUGUUCUAUGCAUUCAUUAUACCUAUGCUGAACCGCUUGAUUUACAGUCUGAGGAACAAAGAUGUGAAAAACGCUUUUAGGAAAAUGAUUAGCAGGAAAUUUCUUUCUUAAGAAAGGAUGAAACUGAGGCUGACAACUUUUCUACCCUGUUUCUUGACCUUUAGUUUUAACUAAUGGAAAAGUCAGUUUAGUAUGGGUGUUCCCUAAUUCUACAGGCAAUGAAGCCUCAACUACAAAAUUGGGCCAGAGGCUAAUGUUAGAGCCAGGCCCUGUUACAUAUGUCUAAUUCUUUAUCAUUUUAAGUUUUUUUUUUUUUUUUCACACUCAUUCAUUGUUGGUGGAAGUUUA